AUGGCAGCACCAACCACAGCGCCUACUCCCAAACUCACACCCGCCUUCUGCUUCAACCAAACCGCUCUACGAGAUUUCCUCCGCAUCUCCCGCAGCGCCGUAGACGACACAAUUUCCCAAAACCUAAACGCCCUCUUAUCCCCCAGCACAUCGGGUUUCGACCCAACGAGUACUUCACGAAGCCUGCCCCGCCCCACAGGCCGCCGCACAAUACCAGCACCGGCAUGUGAUUCCUUCAAGCAAAACGUACUGUUCCCUUCGUGGCAGGCGAGGAGUGAUAUCUUGGCUUAUUGCGGUGGCGUGGCUACUUCGCCGGACCCUGAUGAUCCCGAUCAUAUCUUGAGGGAGGUGGAGGAUACAAGAGCUAGGGAGAGGGUGAUUAAUGAGAGGUUGGAUCCCUACAGCGGGAGGUACUUUCCGAGAGAGGUCAGGACUGAGGCUUUGGCGUCAUUGGUGCGCAGUGAGUUGAUGGUGGAGGGCAUUGUGCGCUCGAGGACUUGGGGAAUGGUGAAGGAAAGAUGCGCUGAUGACGAGGUGGAUGGUGAAAAGGCAUUGGACAAGUGGCGACAGGACCAAAAGACAAGCACGACUCUUGGACUUUUGAGCUGA